UUCACUUCCGUUAAUUAUGCAGAUCAAUAAAGUACCUUUUUAAUAAAUUAAUCACGAAACUACACUUAGUUAAGAAUAUAUUAGCAAUAAUGAACCCAGCAGCAGAUGCACAACCGAUGCAAGAUGUCCAGGGUGAUGGGAGAUGGAUGAGUCAGCACAAGAGGUUUUUGACAGAUACAAAGAGAGAGCCAGAGGUGUUGUUCAUAGGUGAUUCCUUGAUACAAAAUUUGGCAAGGACUCAGUUAUGGAAAAGGAUGUUUGAGCCACUACACUGUCUUAACUUUGGUAUAGGUGGAGAUCAGACACAGCAUGUGUUGUGGAGGGUUCAGAAUGGAGAAUUGGAGAACUUAGAACCUAAGGUGAUAGUACUGCUGGUGGGUACCAACAACUAUGACCACACAGCUAAGCAGGUGGCUGGCGGUAUUGUUGAGAUAGUCAGUGCCAUUCAGCUCAAACAACCCAAGGCACAAAUAAUUGUUUUGGGAAUUCCACCAAGAGGAGAAAAACCUAACCCUCUUAGAAUAAAAAUCAAGGAAAUAAACGACAACCUAGCAAUGCAGUUGGAUGAUAUCGAAAACUGCACAUUCUUAGCAACAGAUCCAUCGAUGUAUGUUGAUGCGGAGGGGAAAAUUAGUGCUAUGGACAUGUAUGAUUAUCUUCAUCUAACAAGUCGUGGCUACCAGAAGCUUUGUGAUCCUCUUCUUGAACUGGCUCAGGAUUUGCUGCAAGAGUUUGUUAAAGUGGAAAACACGUCCCAGGAUUCUGAUUCUUUAGCUGGAGACCUGGCCACGAAAGCUCCUUGAAUAAUUCAAAUUGACGCUGCUUUUCUUUAAAGGUUUUAAGUAUAUGUCUGCUAUUGGUGUCUGUCAAGCUGUUUUAUUGUACAUACAUUGUAGGUGAACAUAAAAUUGCACUGUUGAUAUUAUAGUUUUAAGUACACAUGUUGUGAUGUAUCUAUGGAUUUGUGCUCACAUGACAAUAUUAGGAAAACCUUGCAUCAUUUAUUAUUGUCAAAUUGCUGUGACAGGUCCUGUGUGAUGACCUUCCACUAGUAAUUGUUGGUUGUGCUUGCUUUUGGUGCGAGUCUGUUCAUUAUCAUGCUGAUUUUACACCUUUGGUCGAUAUUUGGAUCAUGAGAUUAUCUUAAUGUGUAAUAUGUCUAUGUGUCAGAUGUAUGUUAUACAUGUAAAUGUUAUUUGAUAAAAGUAAAAUACCCUGUCACAAUUUAGAUUUACAUUAAAUUUUACAGUAAACAAAUCAUGAAUGGAACAAGCAUUUCAUGCUGUUACAAAGUAGCUAUAUUUGUUCAGAAUUGUGGUGCAUGUGUAUGUAAAGCUAAUCAUUAUCUCAUACAUGUAAGUCAAUCAGGUAAGUAAACUUUAUUGCAGCAGUUACUAGCCUUGUCUACUGUCACGCAUAUCGUGUGAUGACAACCAAAAUAUUUUUAUUUCAAGGUAUAACACAUUCUUUUAUUUUAAAGAUGAAACAAAAUAAUAUGGUAAAGACGAAAAUAUUUUUAUUAUUUUUUUAAACUGAGUACCGGGUAGGUAAAAUCAUGCCAUAUUUUGUACAUGAUGAGAGAUCUUUUCUGCAUAGGAGUUUAUCUUCCUGUUUUAAUGGUACAUGUGUAGUUGUACAUGUGAAGUUGUUUUAGUCACUUCCAAUCAAUUAGCUUCUGUUUGCAAAUUAAUCUGACAAAGCAUACUUGUCAAUCACUUUAUAAAAUCACAUUACUAAUGUCAUCUGGCAACGAAAAGUCAAUUUGUAUGCCCAAAAUAUAUGAUUGAAUAGGUCAGUUGAUGUUAAACCAAAGUUAACUGCUCAUGUAUAGAUGCUUCCUCGGUAUUUGCCAAAUUGUUGAUGACAGUAGUCAAUUGAGUUUGAUGUGUGAAGUAGAUUGACAGGCUUUAGAUUUUGAACUGGAAUUUAAAUUCACUUGUCAGAAUUUGGCAGACUAAAAGCCUCCGAUCAUUCAUUGUAUCUAAUACCAGCAACGUGAAGUUCAUAUGCAAGAAGUGGUAUGUGAAGUCAAUGACACUGUGCUUAUGUGUUACCUCAGUGUGUUAUAGCAUUGUAACUUGUUGUCAUACAUAGUACGCCUAUUGGAGCAUUAUUGUUUAAGUUGUAAGCAUGUAGCAUUUUAUCGUUAUUUACCUUAUUAUGAUGUAUUAUAUGCUUUGUACACCGUUUUUGCCACCCUGAAUAUUUCAGUCAACACUUGUUGUUUUUUAUCACCAACAAAAUUGUUAUUAGAGACUUUUUUUGUUUCCGUCGGCCAGUCUGCAUGUGAAAUACAUACAGGGUAUGUUACUCAAACAUAUGUGAUUGUUUUGUAAGAGGAAAACUGUGUCUUUUUCAAAUAUGUACACUUUUGUUAAUAAGGCUUUUCGUGGGUAAAUGUAUAUUAAAAUUCAUAAAGCUGUUAUUUAUCUUUGACUUUUAAGUUGAUGACAGUCUUCUUCAUGAUAACAGUGAUUACAUGAAGGACUUCCUGAGAUAUUUCAUUCAUGAUUGGAUGCUGUCAUGAUGUUAUGCAGUUGACCAUACUGAAAUAGUUUAAAUGUAUUUCCUUAAAUUACCCGAUGUCAAAUGAAAUACCAUGAUUGCCAGUUGAUUGACUUUUUUCAAGUAUCUAUUUAUGUAUAAAGCAUUUUUUGAAAUACUGAAUUACAGUAUAUCUGAAUUAGUGAGAUAUUCUAGUAACUUUAUUUCACUAUAUUUUCUAACAUUUUUCGGCAAAUCUUAUUCUUUUUCUGAUUAUUAUUGCAAGCAUUUUGUUCACAUUACUCACGAAAUAAACUGGCCUGAAGUAAAUGAGUCCAUAAAAGGGGUUAAUUGUGUAAGAGUAACAAGAGUACCAUUGAGUAAGAGUUUAGAAUAGGUGGUUUGUGCCACAGUUGUUCAACUAUUACACGUUGAGAACAUUCCAAUAUUAUAUGUGUGACGUCUUGUGACAAUGCUUUUUCCUUUGAUAAUUACGAGCGGCUUAUCUAUGAUGGAAAAGAUGUGGGUGUUGGAAAUUACCUGUAAUGAUAGGGACAUGUACCCUUAUAGCAUAUGUCUUGCAUGAAAGGUACACAGAAUAUAUCUCUGCAAAGUAUGUGUUGUCAUAACACUGCAUUUAGUUUGUUGUUGACCUUAUUACGCAUUUUUUUUCUGUGAUUUUGAAGCCAUGUCCAUUUAGAAACACUGUCGGGGUUUCUGCCUUGACAAAUAGUUCCCUGCUGUGCUCUUUAAUUUAAUGUUACUGACUUGAUUAUUGUAUAUUAAACUAUAAUUGUGUUAUGGCUUUGUGCUAUCAAUAUGCCAGUGUAUGAAUAAACAUAUAUGAAAUAUA